UUGUCAUGUUUGUCAGGAGUCUUUUUCAUCUUUUGCAGCGAGGGUAUUAAACAAAUAUUUAGGUACAUGUAAGGCAUUGUAAAGGGUGAAGUUAGAUGAUAGACAGAUUACAAAAUGGCAGCAAUACGGAGAAGUUUUAGAAUAUUUCCUACUUCAUGUACUUAUUUAACAAGACAUUUAUUUCCCAGACCACAUCACAGAAAUAGAUUGACACAAGCAAGGUCUACAUGUUUACAUUACAGUACAGACAUCAGGAGCGUACCUCCUUUAACUAACGUCAAUGGAGAAACAAUAGUACGGAGUCCAUAUCCAGAUCUCUCAAUACCACAGUGUUCCUUCGCUGAAUAUGUGUUUGAACAGCUCGAUAACUUUUCUGAUUUUGCAUUAAUGGUUGAUAAUACAUCAGGCAGACAUUUCAGUGGAAGGCAACUAAAGGAAUACUCCAUUAAAGUAGCUAGUGCCUUAACUAAAAUGGGAUUCAAGAAGGGGGAUAGAAUUCUGAUAUUUUGUAGCAAUUGUCCUGAGUAUGCUAUCAUGUUUAUGGCUUGUAGUGCACUUGGAGUUAUUGUUAGCACAGCCAACCCUGUAUAUACAGAUGCUGAGUUAGCAAGACAGAUAUUACACUCAGAAUCUUGUGCCAUAGUAACAUUACCAGGUCUGAUGCCGACAGCUGUGAAAGCUGUUAAUUCAACCAAAGAUAUGGCGCAGCAAGUAAAGUUGAUAAUUAGCAUAGGGAAUUCUGAUGGAGCAAUCCCAUUCUCUUUGCUAAUGGAGGACGAUGGGAAAGCAUUUCCUGAGAACACAGAUAUCAAUUCAAAAGAAGAUAUUCUAGCCCUCCCUUACUCCAGUGGAACCACAGGGCUUCCAAAAGGUGUUAUGUUGUCACAUUAUAAUAUCAUUUCAAACAUUGAACAGCUUACUAGAGGACCAAUGAGCCACCUGACAGCUGGAAAAGACAGUUUGAUAGGAGUUUUACCAUUCUAUCACAUCUAUGGCAUGGUUGUUGUCCAAUUUGGAUCUAUAUGUUUGGGGACCAAGCUGGUUACUAUACCUAGAUUUGAACCAGAGCCCUUCCUCAAUGCAAUUCAACAAAACAAGAUAUCCUAUAUGCAUUUAGUACCACCAUUAGCCUUGUUCAUGGCCAAGAGUCCUCUAGUAGACAACUUUGAUGUCAGUACGGUACAGAACAUGGUAUUUGGGGCAGCCCCUCUUGGAGCAGGACUUACUCAGGAACUCAUGAAUAGAAUAGAAGCUAAUGUUAUCCAAGUUUAUGGGUUAACUGAAUCCAGCCCAGUUACAAACCAUGAUUGUGUACCACCUAAAUUAGGAACCAUUGGUAACCUUGUCCCAAACACGCUCGGCAAGGUUAUAGAUGUGCACUCUGGUAAGACUUUAGGAGCAGGUGAGACUGGGGAGGUGCUCCUAGCAGGACCACAAGUUAUGUUAGGUUACCUGAAGAACCAGUCUGCUACAGAUGACAUGGUUAGAGAUGGAUGGCUUCAUAGUGGUGACAUUGGACAUUUUGAUGAAGAAGGAUAUUUUAUGAUAACAGAUAGACUAAAGGAGCUAAUUAAAUAUAAAGGAUUUCAGGUUGCCCCUGCAGAACUGGAAGCCUUAAUUUGUACCCACCCUGCUGUAGCUGAUGUAGCAGUGAUAGGUAUCCAGGCGGGAGAGGAUGUAGGGGAGGUACCCAAGGCUUAUGUUGUACCUAAACCUGGGGUGACCCUGACAGAGGAGGAUAUUACACACUUUGUAGAAGCAAAUGUGGCACCAUACAAGAAGUUAAGAGGAGGUGUUAAGCUUAUUGAUAGCAUACCAAAAACUGCCAGCGGUAAAAUUCUCAGGAGGGAAGUCAAAAAUAUGUGAUUGGAUGGAAGAUACAGAUGGUCGUUAAAUUUUUACCUCCCAGUGAAUUUGCAUGGAAGAUACUGUUACAGAUUGUUCUUUAAGUAUUAAGAGUAUUAUUUCCUAGAAAAUUUUAAAUGUACAAUAUUUGUAUGGUUUAAGAAUUAUUACUAAAUUUGUAUUAAUUUCUUCAAUUUGUUCACAAGAAAUGCUAGUGGAAACUGAACAGGAUGAAAUAUCCUUUUUGAUUUUUGUUAAAUAUAUUGUUUUUCAUCUCUUAUAAAAAAAAAAUCAUUUUGUUUUUAUAAUAAUUGAUAUACAUAUGAAUUAAGAAGGAUAUAACAGUUGAAUGAAAGAAAAAGCAUCAAAGCAGUUUAGCUCAAAACAGAACUAUCGCAAAUAUCAGGAUAAAUAUGAAACACUUUUAUGCUUCAUACAUUCAUGUAUUCAUGGUUUAAAAAUAACUAUUUUUUAUAAUGACAUAUUCUACAUUUGAAAAUGCCUGUACCAAGUUAGGAAUAUGACAGUUCUUGUCCAUUCGUUUUUGAUGCGAUUUGUUAUUUGAUUUUGCCAUGUGAUUAUGGAUUUUCCGAAUUGAUUUUCCUCUAAGUUCAGUAUUUUUGUGAUUAGUCAGUACCAUUUUGAAAUAAAAAAAACAAAACACAAAGACUGAAAUAGUGAUGUGAAAAGACAUGAAUUUUGUGAGUUGAAAGACAAUGAAAAAAAUGCAGUUUUAUAGUUAUUCAUCCAAAUUUUAAUAUUAUACCAAAGAACUUCAUGAAAUCCAACUACUAUUUCAAAAUAGGAAAUAGGUACAUGUAAGUUAUAUUGUGUUUGCAUGAAUUAUAUUAGACUUUUUACUGUCACUAUUUAUGUAUUUUGUAUUAUCUGAAUAUGUAAGAUCUAGUCAGUUUUGUUUACUGCAAUAUUUUGAUCUUUUCCAUCAAGGCAGUGUCAAAGGAAACACUUAUAAUUUUACAAUCAUUUUUUAUACAUUUCUGAAUAUACGAAUUUCUUAUAUUUCCCAUGGAGGUCAUGAUACUGUGUUUGGACAGUUAAGGGCAUACGAUACAGUUACAGGGGAGGUAAUGACGUUGCUAACGUAAAAUGUUAUUUUCGCGACGUCAAACUGUGACUUAUCGGGAAAAGAUGUAUUUUUCGACUAAUUUUUAUCAUUCAAACUGAUUUAAUUUGAAAACGAGUUCAUGGACCCCUAUUUUUCAAAACAGCAAUUUGAUUCAUUUUGCAGGGAGAUUAUGUGACCCAAAUUUUAUAAAACUGUAAAUAGAGGAUUUUUUUUAAUUUUGAUAAACAUACAGCAAAAAAUGACGUUUUU